ACAGCCCCACGACGAUAUUAUUAUUGUAAUAUUAUAUAUUCAUAUGACAUAUAUUCAAAUAUUAUGUAAUUAUUAAAUGGUUAUUUAGACCGGAWAACAAUAAUAAUAAUAAUAACCAGGGAAUACGGUGACGUUGGAGUAACCGUGGUCAAUGACGAAUCGGCCGAAAACGCGCUACGAUAACGACUGUUUACAUCGUGAUUCACGGCGGGCGACUGUUACAAACCGUAAUCAGUAAUCAAGGAAUGUGUGAUAUCUUUUUCGGUGGAUCGUAAAGUAUUUCGUUUUUUUUUCACACGUCGUCCUCGUUUGCUCGUGUUUUUUCUAUUCUAUGUUUAUCGUUUUCAUGAAUUCCUCAACCGACGAACGACAUAUUUUUUAGUUUAGUCCGAUUGCCUUACAUCCGACCCACCCGUUGCUGUGCGUACCUACGCGUCCGACGCACUUAUUGUUUACCUAGUUGAUUCGGUUGGAGCGGUUUUUGAAAUAUUGUUUUCGUGACGUUCGUUUUUCGUCUACGAUGGGUUGCACGAUAAGUUCGGGCGAGAAGGAGGCGGUGGAGCGAUCGAAAAAAAUCGACAAGUCGCUCCGAGCCGACGGYGAGAAAGCGGCGAGAGAAGUGAAACUGUUAUUGUUGGGUGCUGGUGAAUCUGGAAAAAGUACUAUUGUAAAACAAAUGAAAAUUAUCCAUGAGACAGGUUAUUCUAAAGAAGAAUGUGAACAGUAUAGACCUGUGGUAUUCAGCAAUACAAUCCAAAGUUUAAUGGCAAUUAUACGAGCAAUGGGAAUUUUAAGAAUUGAUUUUUCAGAUCCUAGUAGAACGGAAAAUGCCCGUCAAUUUUUUUCUUUAGCUAGUGCUACUGAAGAAGGUGAACUUACUCCAGACUUAGUUAAACUAAUGAAAAGACUAUGGGCAGAUUCUGGUGUGCAAGAAUGUUUUUUGCGCUCAAGAGAAUAUCAACUAAACGAUUCUGCUGCUUAUUAUUUAAAUGCUUUGGAUAGAAUAUCACUACCUAAUUAUGUACCUACACAACAGGAUGUGUUGCGGACAAGAGUAAAAACAACUGGUAUCAUUGAAACAAAUUUUUCAUUUAAAGGAUUAAAUUUUAAAAUGUUUGAUGUUGGAGGUCAAAGAUCAGAGAGAAAAAAGUGGAUUCAUUGUUUUGAAGGUGUUACUGCUAUAAUAUUUUGUGUGGCUCUAUCAGGUUAUGAUUUAGUAUUAGCUGAAGAUGAAGAAAUGAAUAGAAUGAUUGAGUCUAUGAAAUUAUUUGAUUCAAUUUGUAACAGCAAAUGGUUUGUUGACACAUCAAUUAUAUUAUUUUUGAACAAAAAAGAUUUAUUUGAAGAAAAAAUCAGAAGAAGUCCUCUAAAUUCAUGUUUUCCAGAAUAUAUGGGUUCUAAUAAUUAUGAAGAAGCCGCUGCUUAUAUACAAAUGAAAUUUGAAAGUUUAAAUAAAAGAAAAGAUCAAAAAGAAAUUUAUACUCAUUUCACUUGCGCCACUGACACAAACAAUAUACAAUUUGUUUUUGAUGCUGUUACUGAUGUGAUCAUCAAAAAUAAUCUCAAAGAUUGUGGUCUUUUUUAG